GGUCAGUCUCGCGAUACGAGACUUGCGCUGCCUUGACUAGAGAGCCGGCAGGAGUCUGGGAGCUGUACGCCUAAACAGCGAUCCGGGACUGAGGGCUUUGAAGAGAGAUUCAAGAGUGUCCCGCAAAAAAGCGGGACUGUUGGGCGGAUUUGUAUUCCAAUAUCAGGGCAAACAAGUAAAACAGUGUGAAGAAAUCCUCCAGGGGCGCGGGUGCGGUUUGCUCUUUCCAGUCACUUCAGUGUAAGAAGUAGACCCAGCGCCUGUCCUUUCUCUGCCGUGGAUCACUACUCAGCACAGGGCCCAAAUGUUGCCAGACAGCAGGAAAAGGCGGCGAAAUUCUAAUGAAGUAUCUGAACUACCCCCCUCCAAAAGGAAUACAUGGAGCUCUGAACUGCAGGAGUGGGAGACAGAGUCUUCAGGGAGUGAAAGCAGCAAUAGCAACUUCAGCCUUGAGAGAAGCAGCUGCUCUGAAACCUUUCAGACCAUGGCAGGCUCAGGCCCAGCAACUCCACAGCCUGUCUCCAGCCCAGAACAGUCCGCACUGAAUCGGGGGCCUUAUGUCCAUAUCAACCAGAUCCUGAAGGAAGCGCACUUCUCAAGCUUACAGCAGCGCUGCUGCAAUUCCUCUUGACCAGACAGGCAUGGAGCACGAUCACUGAAAAGACACUCUGCACUCGAUUAUUACAGCCUACAGCAUAUCUACAGAACAGCUGCACAACAGGAUUCCUUUUUGUGCUCGGAGGAGGCUGUAAUAAGAUUUUUUCCUUUAAUACAUUUGAGAUGGGGAUUAAAAAUCCAGUGAGAGAGAAUUCAAAAAUUUCUGUCCAUUCAGCUAAGUAUCUUGGGUAUUUUAUAUGUUUGAAAGAAAAACACAACUAGCACUUUUCGAUGUAUAUAUUUUUAGCAUUUUUCCAGCUUUUUGGCUGUAGGUGACUAUCAAUCUGCCCAUGUUUUCAGAUUGAGUUUAUUUUGCAGAGAUUUUGUUAACCAGUUCAUUUUCAAUCAAGGUUCUGGCUGGCAAGAUGAUACCCCUUAGUUUUUUUUUACAGUCUCAUUUGCAGCAUAUACAGUUUUCAUAGAUGGGUGAAUUUUUAUUGCAGGCCUGAGUAGUACAAAGAGCAUUACUAGGAGUGCUUCAGUAUGUUCAGUAAAUGUUCCUCCUCCUACACAUAUUCCAUACAGAAGUAUCCCCCCCCCUCCCCCCCAGUGGCAGUUUUACCGUUUAGCAGAUAGGCCUUUGUAUUUGACCCUCCAGGACAUCGCUAUAUACUAAGGCUAAUAAUUUCCACUAGGUUUAAGCUUUACUGGAGUAAUGAAUGUUUGGGUUGUGCCAAAUAUCUGCUGCAAAUUCAAGGACAUCUGGCAUUUAAAAGAAAAAAAAAUAUUGGGAAGGAGGAUUUUGUACAAAGUUGCUGACUGAUCUGAAAAGUUUCUGAAACAAAGGUCACUGAUCCUCAGUAUGGAUUCAAACACAACAUUGAUUGAUGCACAAUAAAACUAUUUAAUUUGUGGAAAAA